AUGGAUAAUUCAGAUUCUCAUAUCGAUAAGAAAAUCAAAUUAGAUAAUCCAGACAUGUCUUCAUCCGAACAACCAAAAAAAGAAGAAUUUUUCUCAACUGUUGGAGAACAAGCUCAAGAAGUUGAUAAUAGUAUUAGACAAACAGGAGCUGAAGAUGCUGAAGGACAUCCAGUUCAAGAAGUUGAAUCAUUAUGUAUGAAUUGUCAUAAAAAUGGUGUUACUAGAAUGUUAUUAACUAGAAUUCCAUAUUUUAGAGAAAUUAUUAUCAUGUCAUUUGAAUGUCCUCAUUGUGGAUUUAAAAAUAGUGAAAUUCAACCAGCUGCACAAAUUGCUGAAAAAGGUGCUAGAUAUAUUAUGAAAAUUGAAAAAAAAGAAGAUUUCAAUCGUCAAGUUGUUAAAAGUGAAACUGCAACUGUUAGAUUUAAUGAAUUAGAUAUUGAAAUUCCUCCAAAAAGAGGUCAAUUAAUUAAUGUUGAAGGUAUUUUACAAGAAAUGAUUGAAGAUUUACAAGCUGAUCAAGAAGAAAGAAAGAAAAUUCAACCUGAAAUUUAUGAAAAAAUUGAAUCAGUCAUUAAUAAAAUCAAUUCUUUUAUUAAUUGUGAACCAAAUACUUUACCAUUAACUAUUACUAUUGAUGAUCCUGCUGGUAAUUCUUGGAUUGAAUAUGUUCCAGGUGAACCAACUCAUAAAUGGUCAAUGUAUGAAUAUAAUAGAACUGCUGAACAAAAUGUCUUUUUAGGUUUAAUUUCCGCUGAUGAUGUUGCCCAACAUAAACAACAAGAACUUGCUAAUAAAAAACAAGCUACUGAUUCAAAUAUUUCCUCAAAUUUAAAACAAGAACAAGAAAAUUCAACUAAUACAAAUAAUAAUAAUAAUGAUACCAAUCCACGUGUAACUGGAUUUAAAUCAGAUGCAACUGAAAUUGAAAAUUUUGAAAAUGAAGUUCAAACAUUUUCAGCUACUUGUUCAUCAUGUUAUAAACCAUGUGAAACACAUAUGAAAACAGUUAAUAUUCCACAUUUUAAAGAUGUUAUUUUAAUGUCUACAGUAUGUGAUCAUUGUGGUUAUAAAUCAAAUGAAGUUAAAACAGGUGGUGCUAUACCUGAUAAAGGUAAAAGAAUUACUUUAAAAAUUACUGAUCCUGAAGAUUUAGCAAGAGAUAUUUUAAAAAGUGAAACUUGUGGUUUAAAUAUUCCUGAAUUAAAUUUAGAUUUAACUCCAGGUACUUUAGGUGGUAGAUUUACUACAAUUGAAGGUUUAUUAACUCAAGUUGCUGAAGAAUUGCAUAGUAGAGUUUUCACUCAAACUUCUGAUUCAAUGGAUCAAGAAACUAAAACUAGAUGGACUAGUUUUUUUGCAAGAUUACAAGAUGCUAUCGAUGGUAAAAUUGGUUUCACUAUUAUAAUGGAAGAUCCUUUAGCUUCUUCUUAUAUUCAAAAUGUUUAUGCUCCUGAUAAUGAUCCAAAUAUGACAAUUGAAGAAUUUGAAAGAACUUUUGAACAAAAUGAAAGUUUGGGUUUAAAUGAUAUUAAAACUGAUUAG